UGGGUGGUAUUAGGAUCUUUUACUCCUCGUCUAUACUCUGGGACUCUGACCUCUCUUCUACUCGGGUUAAAUGAUUUUACUAACCCCAACAUUAGGAUCUCGUAAUCAUAUUCACACGGAGAGCUGGAUUAUCUACAACUAUUCCCUUGAAUUGUAUUUUGAAUAAUACUCACAUCAUCAUUUGACAUCCUUGAACUUCCUUAUAUCAGAUGCGUCCCGCAACACAGAUCGUCCGCCAGACUAUGGCGGUCGACACGCCUGGGUUCCCGGCCAUUCUGGUCGACCUCUUGACCCUGCUGGGAUAUCGCUGGUAUCCUCAGUACACUGUGUACGAGAUCUACCGCGAGUUCAACCAGGAGAUGUAUCACGCUAAGGUUGAUAUCUAUGAUCGGCAGAACAACUCCACCCACGAUUUGCAUACCUUUGAGGGUAUUGGAGUGACUGUCGAGAUGGCAGUACAGGAGGUUGCCUAUGUUGCUAUCACCAGCCUCCGUAGAGAGCAUCCACGCUUGGAGGAGACUGGGUUUAGAUACUUUCUGUACCCACCAGCUGGGGAUGAUACUAGGUGGUACACUGCUGUGUGUACCCCCUACGUGAGCCGUCGGUACGACCCUCAGUAUAUGGUUUGAUACAUUGAGGUUCUGGAUCGCACUGUUCGAGCUCUGACUGUUGAGUUGUACGCCACGCAUGCGCGCCACAACGACACUCUGGAGCGGAUGCGUCCACUGGGUACGGCAGCGGUUCUUCCUUCGUUCAUUCCUUACCCGCGCAGGACGGAGAUGCCACCAGGUCUUGUGUGGCCUGAGGUUGGGGGUGAUACUCCUGCUCGUGGACCUCCUCUUCCGCCUGGAGAUCAGCUGGUACACCAGAGCCGCCACGGCAUGCAGCCUCCUUCCCUCGAGCACCGCCAGGCUUUUCUUCAUCGACAGCUGCCAGACUUCAGAGGUUUUCCCCGACGUUGAUGUAGCAUAUCGCUAUGUCGCGUUGUUGUAUCCCUCCACCACGUGCCUGUGCGCCGCCUAGUUGGUCUAGACUACCUUUCCUUUUUGAACUACUACUUAUGGCUUGUAACCGAACUUAUGUAUGGAUCUGUAUGUCGUGUUUGGCUACUAUGUAGUAUCUAUCGAACUUCUUUCAGUAUGCAUGUUUCGUCGUGAAUGGAUCAUUAUCUUUGCAAAUUUCUUCAUGCUGAACUACCCAUGUUACAUGUUAGCAGGAUGGUUAGACCCGCUGGUCGUGGUCGUGGUGGCAACGCCCCACCACCGUCUGAAUACAUGGCUGGUAUGAUCCAACAGUUUGAGCUGAACCGCCAAUUCAUGGAAGGAGUGAUAGCUCAGUUUCCUCGCCCCAACUUGAACCAGCAGCCAGCAACUGUGACACUGAACGACUUUGCACAUCUCAACACAAGCAUCUACUGCAGCUCAACUCAGCCACUUGAUGCUGACGACUAGCUACGUGACAUCACUUUUGAGCUAGAGUCUGCUGGUGUAGCCCCUGCCAGCUAUGUCACCUUUGCGGCAUAUUAUCUGAAGGGUCCCGCUGCUCAAUGGUGGGACAACCACAGACGCUCUUUACCCGCUGGAACGGUCAUCACUUGGCCAGAUUUCCAAGCUGCUUUCCAUGCCCGCUUCAUUCCUCAAGGAACUAUGGACAGGAAGAAGCGCGAGUUCCGCAACCUCACCCAAGGUAACAAGACUGUGGAUGCUUAUCAGCGGGAGUUCCUUGACCUGUCCCGCUAUGCUGAAGAUGACAUUGCCACUGAUGCAUGUAAACAAGAAAAGUUUCGUGAUGGACUUCAAGCUGAUAUCAAACUAGCGCUCCUCAUGCAUGACUUUGCUGAUUUCGCCACCUUGGCGAACAAGGCCAUUCAGGUCGAAACUGGUCUGCAGGAGCACCUCGGAUCCCUCAGGCGCAACCGUGAUGCGGGUUCAUCUUCGGGCCCGUCAUCGCAGAAGCGUAAGAUAUGGAUCCCCCACAGCAUGUAUCCACCAGCUGCCCCUGCACCAAGACAGACCCAUGCUGCACCUCGUCUUCCUCCUCCACCACCUGGACAGCCGAGACUUCAAGCUCCUGCUUCCCGUCCCAAUGAUGGGCUAUGCUUCAAGUGUGGUCAACCAGGACACUGUGCCAGGGACUGCUCUCAGAAUCAGUACCGGCUUGCACUUCCUCAAACUAGCCGUGGUAACAAUCAGCCCCGCAACAACAAUGUCAGGCCUUAUGGUCGUGGUCAAGCCAACCACAUUGAUCUGAAUGAAGCUCAAGACCAGCCUGCUACGGUGUUGGGUACUCUUCUUGUUAACUCAGUACCAGCUUCUGUUUUAUUCGAUCCAGGAGCAUCGCAUUCUUUCAUUUCUGAAGAUUUUGCAUCCAUGCAUGGCCUUAAAUUCGCAGUAAUGAACAACCCGCUAGUGGUACACACCCCCGCGGGCCAAUGUCGGACCACCAUGGUUAGCCUCAAUGUCCCUGUUGAAAUUGAAGGGCUGGAAUUCCAUGUUUCCCCCAUUGUUUUGAAGUCGUCCAAUAUCGACCUCAUUCUAGGAAUGGAAUGGUUGAAAACACAUACCGCUUCUAUCAUUUGCACCACUAAAACCGUGCAUCUACUAAGUGAGAUAGUGAGCUACCAUGCUCACCUUGUUCGGAAUGCCGAGGCACGGAUUUAUUCCUUGGAUGCGUGAAAAACACUACCUCGAAGCCUGAAGUAUCUGUCCGGUCCGCGUUCUCAGUCAAGCUGAACGUCGCACCGUCAGAGGGCUUUCAAAAUUCUAAAAGGGUUCAGUGGUCAAAUCCUUCUGAAGAUGAAGCCACCUGGGAACUCGAGGAUCGUCUUCGAGCUAAAUACCCCGUUUUGUUUCCUUCUACCUCCUAAAUCUCGGGACGAGAUUUCUUGUAGUGGAGGAGAUUUGUAACGCCCGGAUAAUUAAGCUACAGUAAUUCCAUGCUAAUGAUACCAUGUCAUCACUUUUACUAUUGCUAGGUCCCACGUUGGUUCAAACCAAUUCAAAUUUCAAAUUUAAAAUAAAGUCAAACAACGAAAGUUUUUCAAAUGUCAAAAAUAAAAUGUUCAAAGUGUGGUAAAUAUUCCAUAACCAAUUAUGGUGCUAACCCAACAUUUUUGUAAAAAUACUUAAAUGCUCUUUGUGAUUAAGACAGUGAUAAUCAUAUUUAAUUAAAUGCCUUUCCUAAGAUAAAAAUUAGCAAACUAUUUUUAUUUGGGAGUUGAACUUUUUGUGGCUGAGGGUUAAACUAAAACAUUAAUUUAGAUGUUGGUCUCAUAUUUUAUAAAACUACAAUAUGCUACUAGUAAAUAAAACAGUAAAGGAGAAAUAAAAAAAUAAAGAAAAACACACACACAAAAAAAAAAAACGGGCAAACUCCCGUGCCUCCCUCUGGGCCUUGGGCCAACUAGCCCCUAGCCAGCCCACCAGCGCACUGCCUCCCCCCUUCCUGUUCACGGGGGGAUCGUGAGCAGCACCGAUGCCCGCCACGGCAUCGACCAUCGCCGUGGCGGCCAUCUGCCGUCUCCCCGGGGCUAUAAGGCGGCCCCGACACCUCUCCCUCGCGCCCCCGAACCCUAGCUACCCCGUUCCCCUCCCCCUGGUCUUCAUCGUUCAGAUCCGCCCGCGAUUUCCACCGCCCGCCAUGGCCGACCUCGUCCUCGUGCCCACCGAGCUCUCCGGCACCUGAGACCUCGUCCAUCUUCUCCCUCAUCGUCCACCACUUCGUCUACGUCCACGAAUCGAGCUGGAACGCGCCGAGUCGAGCGGAACGAGAUCUUCUUCCACUCCGGCCACCGCGGCGCCAUCGUCGAUUCCGGCGCCCUCUGCUGCUCCUAAACCUCACAACGAGCCUCCUUGUGCUCCUCGAUGGUGGCCCCCAGGAGUUAGAUGCCACCCCUGCCGACUACGACUACUACCCCGAGGGUGCCUACUACUACGUGGAGCCCGCUGACGACCAGGAGUAGUUAGGAGGUCCCAGGCAGGAGGCCUUGCCUCUUCGAUCGUUGAUGUUUGUGCUAGCCUUCUUAAGGCAAAACUUGUUUAACUUAUGUCUGUACUCAGAUAUUGUUGCUUCCGCUGACUCUUGUGCUUUCGAGCUAUGUAUUCGAGCCCUCGA